AUGCCUCCUUCAAAGUGGGAUGAGGAGUCGGAAGAGUCUUCUGAUGAGGAAUCAAUAGACGUCCCUGUCGCGCCCCGACGUAAGUUCGAAGACGAAGAAGAUUCUGACGAUGUCGCGGAGAAUUGGGAUGAAGAAGACGACUCCGAGGUUGAGAGAGAGAAGGCCGCCAAAGCCGCCGCAGCUAAAGCGCAAGCCGAAGCGGAAGCCGCAGCCAAGAAGAAGACCAAGGCUCAGAGAAUAGAAGAGCACCGAGAGGCAAACAGACGGAGACGCGAGGGUCAAGGAGAAGCGGAAAGCUCGGACGAGGACGAAGACGAAACAACACGACGGUUGCGUCUGCGAGAGACCGAACAAGAAGCCGAUCUGAAGCACGCCCAGGACCUCUUUGCUGGGGUGGGACUAGGACCAACCACCCGCUCGACCACCAACAAGGCAGUGAUAAUUGAAGACAAGGAAAACCCGGGUCUGACUAUCGAUCUCUCGUCGCUUCCUCUGUUCAGACCCGGCACGAAGGCGCAGUUUGACGCUCUCUCAGCCACACUCGUCCCUCUGCUCACGGCCUCCUCCUCCAAGCCACACUAUCCCAUCUGGGUUGCCAAUUUUGUGAAGCAAAUUUGUGCGGAGUUGCCAAGUGCGGAGAUCAAGAAGGCAGCCAGUGGCUUGACGGCUUUGAGCAACGAGAAGAUGAAGGAGGAAAAGGCCCAGGAGAAAGGCGGCAAGAAGUCAAAGGCGGCAAAAACAAAGGCAAGUCUCGCCGCGACUCGAGACAUAGGCCGAGGCCUAGCCGACACGACGAGUUACGAUGAUGGUUUUGGGGAGGAUGAUUUCAUGUGA